GCAGCACUGGUAGCUAGCUAGCACCACUACCAACAAUUUCAUUACUUAGAGGUUAGACAGACAGACACAACAGAGCAGUCCAAUCAACCUACAGUCGUUUCAAUGGAAAUUUCAAGACAACUCAGUGACAAUGUGAUAGCCUUGGCAUUACUGCUCUGUAUGGGUGCACUGCAGGUGUGGUGUCAGCUAUGCCCGGGACCAUGCCAGUGCCCCAGCCCCGUGCCCCUGUGCCCAGCUGGAGUUCCUCUGGUCCUGGACGGCUGCCAGUGCUGCCAGGUGUGUGCCCGGCAGCAGGGUGAGGCCUGCAGUGAUCUGUACUUGUGUGACAGCCAGCGAGGACUGCAGUGUGACUACAGCACUAGCUUCUCCGGCAACCCUGGAGAGUGUUCCAGUCAGGAGGAGUUGGGCUGUGAUAUGAAUGGGGUUUCUUACCUGGAUGGCCAGGUGUUCCAGCCCUCCUGUGCCACCCAGUGCCGCUGCCAGGGGGGAGGUGUGACCUGUGUGCCCCUGUGCCCUGAGGACAUCCGUCUGCCCAGCCCAGACUGCCCAUACCCCCAGCGGGUACAGCUGCCUGGGAAGUGUUGCAAGGAGUGGGUGUGUGAGAACACGGACAAUACCAUACUUCAGGAUGCCAUCACAGCCUCCAGAUCAGACAGGUUGUGGCCAGGCAUGUCUGGUCCCCAGCAAAACCCAGCCUUUAACUGUAUAGACCAGAGUACAGAGUGGAGUGUCUGCUCCCGGACUUGUGACGCCGGGGUCUCCACUCGGGUUUCCAACAAGAACCCAGCCUGCCGGCUCGAGAUGCAGAGCCGUCUUUGUAAGGUCUGGCCCUGUCAGGCACUCCAGCCACGCAGAAGCCCCAUGUCAGGCCAGCGCUGCGAGCCGAGCUACAGGUCAUUGGUGCCAGUGAGACUGGUGCACCAGGGCUGCUACAGCACACGAGUCUACCGGCCCCGGUAUUGUGGUCAGUGUACCGACGCCCGCUGCUGCUCCCCGUACCGGACCAGCACGGCCACCGUGGCAUUCCGGUGCCCCACAGGCAGGCUCCUACACCGGGCAGUCAUGAUGAUCCAGUCCUGUGUCUGUCACUACAACUGCCCCUACUCAGUUUCAGGCCCCUAUGCAGCUGUACCCUACUCAGCUUCAGGCCCCUAUGCAGCUGUACCCUACUCAGCUUCAGGCCCCUAUGCAGCUGUACCCUACUCAGCUUCAGGCCCCUAUGCAGCUGUACCCUACACAGGCCCUUCACGCUCAUACAGGAGCCCUGCCAUUUGGGGCUAGACUUGCAUUUCGAUUCAACCCUCUACUCCCCCUUGAGAACCUAGGGCGUCCACCGUGGCUCUCCACCUCAAUAUGUUCCGAUAGGCCUUUUUCCCAGGAGAUCUCCACUUUACCACUUACUGUAAGUUAUUGUAGAGAUCUCCACUUUACUACUUACUGUAAGUUAUUGUAGAGAUCUCCACUUUACUACUUACUGUAAGUUAUUGUAGAGAUCUCCACUUUACUACUUACUGUAAG